AUGGUUGACUGCUUUAGCUUUGAAAGCUCUCACUAUGCCGUCUUUCAGCACCUUCCUGUCAUGCUUGACAAUAUUGUGUACUCGCCUCCCUACCUUACCGAGCUUGAGCUGGCGGCGGCACUGGCACAGAUUGUCAAAGGGCUCAAGUAUCUCACCUCGUGUCGACUUGAGCAUGGCUCUCUUAACUGCUCUAACAUUCUCGUCGGCACAGAAGGAGAUAUAAAGAUUGGAAUGCUGCAGGGAAAUGACACUUCCGGGUCGGGAAGUUCGCGAGAUAUGGUGUCUCUAUUGAGUAUUACCAUGAAGCUGAUGCAGAAGAGCGCCUACAAGAAUGGAGCCAGCAGUGCCCACGACAUGGAGCGAUGGCCAGCCGACUGCAAAGCUGUUGACUUCCUGGCCAAGAUCCAGGUAGCCAGGUCUUUUGACGAGCUAUUAGACUCAGCUGGAAAAAAGAAGACCUUAAGUGGAUGCCUUACGGUUGUUAUGGUUGUUACGGUUGUUACGAUUGUUACAGUUGUUACGGUUGUUACGGUUGUUACGGUUGUUACGGUUGUUACGGUUGUUACGGUUGUUACGGUUGUUACGGUUGUUACGGUUGUUACGGUUGUUACGGUUGUUACGGUUGUUACGGGUGCAGCCUUAGCCGCCAAGGCUACAACCGCUAAGCGGACAACUGUAUAUUACGAGGAAUAG